ACCUAAAGGUGAUCAAGUAUGAUGCACAAGGGAACUUCCUCGGCUGGGAAAAUGUGACGGGAGGGGUGUUACAGCUCUGCCCGGACAGCCAGAGUGUUUUGGAUGCUGCUUUUGUGUUUGGAACAGUAUAUAGUGAGUCUUGCACACUUGAAGUCUCAGAUCUGCUGCAAAAGGUUCCAGAGCCCAUAUUUUAUGAGUUGUUCUUGCAAUUUGCUGAUGAGAAGGGCAAUGCUCGAUUGUGGCCGGUCCCUGUUGAGAAUCCUGCAAUUCUAACAAGCGGCCAAGCAUCUCUGACUUCUCGAGCACUCAGAAGAUUCUUUCUCGUGGAUGGACUCUCUGGAAGAAAAGAGAACUUGACCAACAUCCCAGCAUCUGUCACGCUUGCGGCAGAAUUGAGCCUCAGCAUCUACCUGCCAACCAGUCGCCCUGGAGACAACCCCCCUUUCCUGCUGCAAGUGAACUAUGCAGAGGGAGGCAGCCCUAGGAAGACCCAGGUGUCCUUCUCAGUCUCUUAUAUCCAGGGCCUUGGAAUAGCCCAGCGAGCUACAGAUAUUUCCCUUGGAGUUCUGGGAUCUCUUGCUGUCCUUUGCGCUCUCCUGGAGACUAGCAGUUGGGUUCGUCGCUCCCGGCUUCCCAAUCUAAAUCUUAUGAUUGUGGUGAAAUUCCUUGCCUUCUUUGCUGGAUCUCUGGCAAAUGUCUUCUUCGUUGUCGCCCUGGGAACUGGCAUUUAUUGGCUCAUAGUUUUCAAGGGCCAACAGUCGUCUGCAGUUGAAGUGACUCUACCGCCUGCUGGGAGCCAAAUAGAAACCAACUUUAUCAUUUUUGUCUUGUGUGCUUUUGUGUUAAAGAGCUUGGACGUCAUACAUAUUCUGAUCACCCAGUUAACAGUCUCCAUCUUCCUGAUAGACUGGGAGAAGCCAAAGGAGAAGCAAAGGUUCAGAGCAUCUGCAGGAGGAGAUCAGAGGGCUGCUUCCUCUGUGAGCGCCUGGAGAACUUUUCUGAUAGCUAAUGAGUGGAACGAGAUCCAGACCCACCGGAAAGUGAACCCUUCGGUUCAGUUGUUUGCUGUCCUGCUGCUUCUAGAGGUGGUGGGGUUGAAAAACCUUGCGUCGAGAGAUCUCAGCAUUAAUCUGCACCCAGGACCAGACGUCUAUCGUGCGCCGUGGAGUCCAAUCCUUCGGUUUGGGAUUGCUGCUUCGGUUUGGUUGGCAGUGGGGAUUGUGCAGGUGGUGGUUUCCAUUGGGUUAUAUGAGCGGUUUGUGGAAGACAAGAUCCAGCAGUUUGUCGAUCUCUGUUCCUUGAGCAAUGUUUCUGUGUUCAUCUUAAUGCACAGAUGUUACGGUUUCUACAUCCAUGGCAGGAGUGUCCAUGGACAUGCAGAUGUGAGCAUGGAGACCAUGCAUUCCUACCUCAGGAAGGAGGAGGAGAACCUUUGCCCUCUUAGAGGCCUGGAGGCCAACUCCGACAUCCAGAUGUUUGAGGUGCUUCUCACUGACAGGAUGCGGCUGCUGUAUGACAGAAUAACUCUGUCUUUAAUGGAGCAGGUUCCAAGAGGAACACGUGUCCGUUCUGACCUUUGUGGACAAAGACUGAAAAGUUACUAUGCCUUGAACCAUUUUCUGGUCUCCUUCUUUGAACACAGGUACAGAGAUAUGGACUACAUGGUGAAGGACAAAUUUUUCCUGGAGCGGAUCAUGGACAUGGAAUUUCAGGAGCUGGGGGACAUAUCCAUUCUCUAUAAUGAUGACCGUGCAUUGUUCAGCAGAACUCUUUUCUACAACCACGAACUCGCACUGCUUCUCUUCGAAACUCUGCUCUUCUCUGCCGUUGAUCUGGGAACGCAGGAUUUUGUGGUGGCGGCUAUUGUCACCUUUGUGGUGCGAAAGCUUGUUCAGGUGCUGCGUAACGUGUUGGGAAGAAGAAAUUUGGCUGAGAAGACCUUGGUGGAGAAGCAGUUCCUGAUCUAAAACAUCUCAAAGACUCUCUACUUUGAGAUGCCAGUCUUGCCUAUGCUGCUAUUGGUUGGAGAAGCCAUGAGAAAUUUGGAACCUUGUAUUUCUUCAGCACUAACUAUGGUGCAUGCACCUUUUAUUAGAGUCAGCGCUUUGAUUGGAACUUGUUCUGGUUGCCAGGGCCUAGCCUCGGACCACAUGAAAUAAUGCUUGAGAACCCCUGAGCAUAUGCAAAGUAUCUUUCUCCGAGCAACAGUGAAGAGUUUGGUACUCGUGGAUUGGAACAAAAGCUUUGUUACUAGGCUGGAAAGGAUUCAGCAACAAAUGUAAAAUCUGAGAGCUAGUGUGGAUGUGACAGAUAGAAUGUUGGACUUUGAACAGGGAGAGCUGGGUUCAAAUCCCCACUCCACCAUGAAAUUCACUGGGAGAACUUGGACCAGUCACUGUCUGCCUCUCAGCCUAACCUACCUCACAGGAUUGUUGUGAGAGUGGAAGUCAUCCAUGCCCUCAGUUUUGUGAAGGGAGGGCAGGAUACAAAUAAAGUUUUAAAAAGAAACACAUGCAGGUUCCUGGACUAUAGAUGACCUGGCAUUAUCUAUUUGCCAGUGCAAAUCUUUGGUUUUAAAUCCAGUCUGUCAAUGCAGUAUGUGUUUUGAAUGCUCUUGCUGAUUUGCUGAGGAAGUCUUCCUUUUGCUCUUAGGAUUUUUCAAACUGUGCUGAUUUCAAUUGGUUUAUACUUUUGUACUGAAUAGUUCUAGUUCUGCUUUAAUUUUUAUAUUUUAUUGCUUAAUAUUGAACGUUAUUGUGCCUUUUUGGUUUUCCACUGCUUUUGAGCUUUGUGAAAAAAAUGAUCCAUAAUGUUUAAAAAUAAAUACUUUUUGCCAUUACUUAUUUCAACCAUG